AUGUUGUUAGAAAUCGUCUCUUGUAAAUUAUUUAUUUUUUUUAAAAUAAUACUACUGUUACUUAUAGCAUAUGUAUUAGUUCAAAUAUUUUUAAAAUGGCUGAUAUUUUUUUUAGUACGAUUUACAAAUAUCCCACUAGAUUCCUUCUCAUAUGGUUAUAUAUUUGGGUUGUCAAUCCGACGAAUAAGUUUAUCAUCAAAGUUGUUUAAGUUGCACAUUGGAAGAAUAUCUCUUUCUUUAGGUUGGUCUUCCACUAUAAUAUUUCACGAUGUUGAUCUUAUUUUAUUGCAAAAUAAGAAAACUCCCAUAGAUGGUAACAGUCACAGAAACAUUGGUUGGAAAUUAAAAAGAUUAUUUAGUCAGAAGAAUAGUGAUAAUGAAGAUUAUCUUUAUCAAAGGAAAAUUGUUUUCCAACUAAGUAAUAGAAAAUUAAAUUUUAUUAAGAGGAUUUUUGGGAUUACCAUUUUAUUCCGUAGAGUCAAUAUAAAUGUACAUGAUAAUAUAAAAAUUAACAUACACAUGACAUCGUUAUCAUUUGUGGAUGAAAAUGACAAGGAUAUUGGUGUAGAUAUUUUCCUUUAUUAUAUCACGGAUCUCAAUAAUGGUGGGAGCAUAAACCAUGUUGGUUUAAAUGUUAAAUGUCAUAGUGAAAGAGAGAAUAUAGUUCUUCGGAAACUGAAUCAUGAUAACAAUAAUAAUAAUGUUUUUUUGCUUUCCAAUUGGAAUUGUAGUUUUAAAUUGGGUGAUACAUCACUUUAUAUUCCAUUAGAUAGUUUUGAAAGCACAUCAAAAGAUGAAUUAGCAAAAACUAAAGAUAUCGAGAUUGAAGAUACAGGAUAUAAAAAGCACUUUUUGUCUUAUGAGACAGUUAAUAAUUUUAUUAAAUCUUUUGAUUUUUUACUUAGAUCUUUACAUUUCAUUGAUAUCAAAGUCGAAAAUUUAAAUUUGCGCUAUGGUCAUAAGUUUUCCAUUAAUAUUUCUAGUAUUCAGAUGUAUUUGGAAGCAAUAACAAUUCUCAAUAAUACAGUUUCAAGAUCAAUAUUACCAUCAGAAUGUUCACCGUGGGGUGCAUACGAAACCUCUAUUUCUACCAAUGCACUUGUUAUAAAGAUAGACGAAAUAUCUAUUCUGCAUGUACCUUUAAUUAAUUUAAUUUUCACCACUAAUAUACUAUUGCAUUUUAUUGAAAAUAUCCCUUUAUCAAAAACAAUUUUUUCCUGUCAUAUAAAUAUUAUUAAUCCAUCAUUAUUUGCCACUUUUAAACAAGUUAUUCUUUUUAUUGAGUUUUACAAAUAUGCAGCAAAAAAAAAAUCAUCCUAUCCGAAAGAUAAUUUAACAAAUAAGACUUAUAACCUGAUAGAUAAGAGUUUUAUUGAAAAUUUGUUAUCCUUAGAGUCAUGGCCGAUUCUUUCACUAGAACUAAACAUUUCUAAUUUUAAAUCUAUUCUCCAAUUGCCUAAAAAUAAAAAUGUAUCCUUUAAUGUGUCAGAUAUUCAGGGAUUAUAUGGACGGUCAAAUAAGCACUUUCAUCAAAAUAUACCAAAUAUUACGGUUUAUAAAAAUGAUGCAUCAUUUCCUACUAGUCCACAGACUUCACAAAAACUAGCCAACUGUAUUAAAGUAAUUGGUACAGAAUUAUUUUACAUGGAAUCACCAAAUAAUGAAGCAUCACUUGCAGUUCCGAUCUGCGGUUUUGAAAGAAUUGAUGCUUAUAUUCAUAGGUUAACUUCUAAGAAAUUAAGUGUUGAGUCUACACUAAGACAUUUAUAUAUAUCUUUAAACAAUUUAGCUGUAUUAGACACACUAAGUGACACAGUGGGGAAAUUAUAUAAAGUGGUAUUACAGGUACAAUCUGAAAGACCUAUCACUGUGAGUCAGAAAACAAAGCAAUCACUUCUAAGCACCCUCUUGAAGUCAUUUCAGUGGAAUUUGAGGAUCAGGUUUAAAGAUAUUACAUUUUCAAUGGUUUUAGCUAAAUAUCUUCCUAGAUUAUUAGAUUCAUUAGAGGUUAAUGGUUUUAAUUUGGCAGAUGUUCAUCGUGGUAUUAAACUUACAUUUCAAGAAAUUUUGCUGAAAGUUGAUGGAAAUGGUAAACAUUUGUUAGUUAAUGCUGCUACGUUAUACAGAAUAAUGGAUGAUGAAGAGCACAGAAGCGUUACUGACUCAAUUAUUAAUCUUUCUGAUUUUGGUAUUAAUAUUGAUAAUAGGAAUCAAAUAUAUUUCAAACUACCUACGAUGUUGAUAAAUUUUGAUGUUAACAUCAUUUGGUUGACAUAUUAUAUGUUUAAUAUCACAUCUAAUCAUUUACCAAGGAAGAAGGCAUCUCAAAAAAUGGCAAAGAAUAUGAAAAUAAUAAACUUUUUGCGAAGAGUAAAUGUCCAUAUUGGAGAGAUUAUUAUGCAUAUUACUCUUCCUCAAGAAACACCUCUUUUGUUAAUAAUUAAUUCAUUGGAAUAUGAAGGGAUUAAUAGCUUAUUAUGCAUUGAGUUGUUGUCUGUUCAAGUUGAAUCAGUUUAUUUUACAAAUUCUCUAGUCUAUGUUUCUUUAUUAGAAGUUGAUCAGAUAUUUGUUGAUAUUUCUGAUUUUAUUGAAAAUAAGUCAUUAGUUUUUAAAUCUAAAACAAUCAAUGUUCAUACAGAGUAUCAUUUCAAGAUCUAUUUAAUCACUGAUAAUAUUGUCACAUUGUAUAAAUCAUUUAAACAAAUUAGAUGUGCCUUUGCAGAUACGAGUAGAUAUGUAAGAGUAUUCCCAAAAGAGCAAAAGCCUAUUGCCCUACCUGAUAUCCAAGUGUUAUCAGAGAGGUUCUUAAUAGAAAUUGAGGAUGAUCCAUUUGAACAAGAGCUUGGUCUGAUUUUUAAAGUAGGUGUAUUAGCUCAAAGGGAAAGACUUCGUAAACUAGAAGAAUUUGAUAGCCAAGUCCAAUUGCGUAAUUCCCCAGAAAAUAUAUCACAAAAUAGUUUACUUUCUACUUUAGAUGAAGGUGGGCGCCUGAUAGGAAACACAAUAUUUGAAGUGACAGCUUAUAAUAAGUUAAUGGAACACUUUUCGACAUCAUGGAUUACAAGAUACAAAAAAGCUAAAUAUGUUUUUCAAGGUAUGCCAGGUAAAGUGCAGGUAUAUGAAAAACUAGGUUUAAAAUAUUUAUCUUAUUCGAAAGAACAAACACCAACUGUGGCCAAUUUGGUUAUAGAAAAUAUGCAUUUGCGGUUUGGUAUACCCUCUUUCCCCAUUAAUUUAUACAACGAUUUCCUAUAUGAGUAUGGUAAAGGGAUUCCAAAAGAUACUACUUAUACUCUGUUGAUUUUGAUGGGCAUUACUUUCAAGACUGACCUUUGGGAACUAAGAUUACGUGACUACCCAUUACCUGUUUUAUCUUUUCCAAACACGACUACUAAAGGUGAUGUUGCAUUUUCUGAACAAAUGCCAGAUGAUUUAGCUUUAUACACAGUUUUUGUUCCUUUCGUUAAAUCAACUUCUAGGGGUAAAUAUAGUGAGAACAAUACUAUAUAUGGAUCACAUGUUAUAAGGACAAUGAACUCUAUCAAAACAUUUGCCAAUUGCAGAACUACUAUAGGUGCAGAAAAGCCAGUAUGCAUAACGUGGGGUAAAUCUCUCCAACCAGGAUUUGAAUCUCUAAUGAUCUGGUUUGAUUAUCUUACUAAGCCGAAAAUGGAUCCGUCUCCAAAAUUAGGUUUUUGGGAUAAGUUUAGAUUUUUAUUUCAUGGGAGAUGGGUUUAUCAAUUUCUUGAUGAUACAGGUCUUCAUUUGAAUAUAAAAGGUGCGUAUAAUCCAUAUGAAAUUGCCGAUAGUGGUGCUGGUUUGACGUUUUGUUGGAGUGGUGAUACUGCAAUGGACAUUUAUGGUUCUUCUGACCCAAAAGAAUUUUUAAAAAUAAAUUCGAAAAGAUUUGAACUUGGGAUACGUGAUUUUACUGUGACAAACAAAUUUGAUAAGAUAUUAAUGAAAUUGAAUGGGGAUGUUGUGUGGAAAAUGGGACUACUUUUUGAGAAGGGAGAUUUUAAGAAUGCUGGUGAAACUCCGCGAGAGUUACCAGUGCGUCCACACCAUACUAUUCGGUUAGUUAAUCCCAAAUCAGUUAGUGAUAUAAAAGAUUAUGAUUCUUAUGCUGGCUUUAGAAGUUCUUUCAUCCAUAUGUCUUUUGGUGUUUAUUCUUCCCAGAUAGGUUCUUCGAACAGUAUAUACCUAGCUCCUCAAUCUGUUAGUCAUUUUCUAAGGUGGUGGAAACUUUUUAAUACAUAUACAUCAGGACCUAUCCGACAAGGACCACUUUUUACUGAGGCUCCUCAAAAUAAAACUAAGUUUGGUAGGUCAUUAUUUACAAUCAAGUAUCAAUUAAAACUAGAACCACUUACUGUUUCUUAUGUAUAUCAGCAUAUUUUAACAAAGUAUGUUACAAAACAUGAGUCUAGGAAGGAAUUUACAGGGAUUAAAGGUAGAUUUAAUUCACUAAAGAUUGAUCUUCAUCAAAGAAAAUUAAAGUUGACCCAUAAAAAUGCAAAGUUAAAUAAAACCAAGCCAGUUUGGAAAUUUCGGAUGUCAAGCGGUGAGAUUGAUUGCAUUGAACCUGAUAUGAGAGUGCUUUCUACUAUAUUUGAUAACACACUAAUAGAGAAAAUUCUAUCACCGUCUUUAAGAAAUAAUGAUUAUACAUUUAAUGAUAAGACUGAUGUAAAUCUUGAUGAAUUACGUGAAUCCGAAUGGUAUGACUAUGAUGAUUACGUAGAUCUGAACCAAAUAUUAUUGACAACGGCCAUUCCUAUUAAAUUGGAAGCAAUUCCCUUGUUAUAUUCUCCCAGAAUUUCGUAUUUUAGAAAUCUAAAUGAGAAAGGAAUAAUAGUGAAGUAUCCGUUUGGGGAUGAAGAUUCUCAUAAUUGUUUCAUUGGACGAAACCAUCCAGAAAGAACUCAGGGAAAGUUGGCACAUGAAAGAAAAUUGGAAAUAGAAACUGAACUUAGAGAUGUAGAGUUUAAAAUUGAUAAUUUAACAUACUCUAAUGAGGUUAUUGAAAAGGUGGAUCAAAACGUUUUAAAUAAUUUAUAUGAUAAAAUUGAAGAACUUAAAAAGCGUUUGCAUAUUAUCCAUAGUGUUCUAAAUGAUUUGAAAUUAUUGGAAACAAUGCAUGAUAAUUAUUAUGAUAAAGAUACUGGUGAGAGUAAUAUAUCUUCUCUGUCAGAAUUGAGUUCUGAAUCACAUGGUACAUCAUUACUUCGUACAAGUACUAUAGAAUCUUUUUUGUCUAUGAGAAAAGCUUCCUCAAUCGAUAUGGAAUCAAAAUAUGACAAUAGAUUUAUUGUACAUAAUAUUCAGCUAAUUUUAGAUAAGCGUCUAAGAGAUCUUUUGCUAGAAUACUUUUCGAAUAUAGGGGAAAGAAAAGCUAUCCGUUACGCAAUGACAUACAAAUCAGUAAAAAUGUUUAAGGAAUUAUUGGGAACAGUUCUUCGGAAAACUAGAACGUUCAUUAGUGCUAAAUCAUGUAAUUAUGAAGACGAUUUACUCCCAUCUAAUAUGGAAUUUAUUGAACAAUUUGAUGAGAUUGUUAAAGAAGUUCCUGAUGAAAACUUUGACGCUAUUGAUAACUACUUAUUCAGAUUAAUUUCCCCUCAAAUCCAGUUGAGAUCUCAGAAACAAACUGAUGCUGCUGUUAUUUUAUUGGCUAGGGAUAUUGAGAUUGGUAUUAUUGAUGUUCUUCAAGUGACUGGUAGAGAUGGUAAGAAACUUUCCAUGGAUGUUGACACAAUUGUUGAAACAAGAUAUUGUUCCAUUGCAAAAGAUAUUCAACUGUUUACACUAUUUAAGGAUGAUUUUGCAUCUCAACAAAAUCUUUCAUAUCACAAAAUGGGCUAUGGUAUGGAAAAAUGGUCAGAUUUCUGGCCACCUUGGAUACCUUUGGAGAUGUGCUUUGAUGGAACUCUAAUGGAAAAUUAUAUGUUUUUAAAAAGAAGGUCGAUGUUUAUGACAUUUACAAUCCCUAAUCCAUUAUAUUUUGAUAAUUUAGAUAUUGCUGGAUUUUCAACAGAUUCAAAAUGUAGAAUAGGCUUUCCUGGGUUGCUUUUAACAUCCACGUCUCGACAAUAUAAUACAUUUUAUUCUAUUGCAGAAGAGUUAUUAAAAUUUGACUCUAAUAAUGAAGAAAAGGUGCAAAAAUUGACAAAAACUUUACUUGCAGAUGAGAUUAGGAAUAAUUUAGAUAAGUUGGAUGUUUCUGUAAUUUCUAAAGCUCAGGACAGAAUAAGAAAAUUAUUUUAUACUAGAUCAUUUUUAAAGGUUAAUAAUCCAUCGGAUUAUGCUAAAAAUUCACAGCUAUUACUUCAAGAAAUUGAGACAUCUUUAUUGCAAUUGACAGUAUUGAUGAAAGCGAUAAAGCAAAAUCAUGAUAGACUUGAAAAUGUUGGUGAUAAUGUUAGACAGAUGAAAUGGCAAGUUGAGACAGAUGAACUGCUUUGGGAGUUAUAUGAUGAUGUUAAUUCUCCAUUUGUCACAAUUGGUCUUGGUCCAUCUGUUUACACAAGAACAGAAACGACUCAAGGAUUGGUGACUAGUCAAAUUUCAAUAUCAUCAUUACAAUGUUUUAAUUUACAAAAGAAUGCUAUUUUUAUAGAACUUUUGGCGCCAUUUAGAGAUGAUCCUUUGUACAAAGAGAACGAAUCAAUGGUUAAAAUUAAAUGGAUACAAACUCCGCCAGUUGCUGGUAUAUCUAAUUUAGAAGAACUUGUGAUUUCACUGCAACCUUUCGUCUUUAAAAUGGACAAAAAAACAAGUGAUAGAUUAAUGAAUUAUUUAUUUCCAAAAAAUAUCAAUAGUUCUAUAACUGACUAUACAAGUCCAAAGUUUGGCUUGAAAUCUAAUAGUGAAUAUCACACAAUGUACUUUCCACGAGCUGGUGUUCAUAAAUCUUUAAGUAUGAAUGAUGGUGAUAGUAUCUCUAUUGAAGAAUCUAAAUAUAUUGAUUCGUGGGAUUUGAGUAGCCACACUGUUGGUUCAAUUUCUUCAAAAGAAAGCAGGCAACAAGCUUUCAGACAAAAAUUAGAGGUUACAAACGCAUUUCUACAGCAAAACGAUCAAAUGUUUAAUCAAAUGCUUGAAAGAGCUGGUUUAUAUUUUAAUAUUAAGUCAGUAGUGAUCAAAAGAACAGUUGUUGUAGUUUCUUAUAAGGGUUCCAGAAGGAUGUUGACAGAUGUUAAAAAUUUAACAGUUAAAGUUCCUGAGUUGCAUUAUUGUGAUAAACUAUGGUCAAGAGAUGAAUUUUUUGCUGCUUUGAAGCAUGAUAUUGUAAAGAUUGUUAUUCAUCAUUUGGGUAGUAUCAUUGGUAACAAAUUUAUUCCUCAUAAAAAAGAAAACAAAUCAAAGAUUCAGACAGAAAUAUCACAAAUCCUAGAUUCAUCUAAUGAUAGAUCUGAAACAAGAUCAGUAUCACUUCUGGAAUCUGUAGCUUCAAAUACACAUAGUUGUCUAAGCAUUAAAAGGACGCAUAGUGUUUUGUCUCAGGAUGAGAGUAUACAACCAUUUUUCCCAGAAAGAAAAGGUUAG